CAUGGCUGUUUAAACAGGUCCUCAUAUAGGCUUUAAGUGACUGCAUUCUGCCAGACAACACCACACUCAUUCAGUAUGUAGAUGGUCUCUUCCUGGCGGCACCCACAGCUACUGUCUGUCUUACAGCAACCAGCUCUGUCCUGCAACACUUAGCCAGAAAAGGGUUUAAGGUAAGUAAAGCCAAAUUACAGAUAUCUAGGAAACAGGUUUUAUUCCUAGGCAGAGUGAUCUUCCAGAAUUGGCUACUGCCACUGAAUUGGCCUUACCAGACUACACGUUGCCAUUCUGCCUUGAUGUUUCUGAAACAGAAGCAGUUGUUAAUGGCAUUCUGUUCCAGAAAAAAGGGGGAGAAAAAACAGCGCUAAUGUACAUAACUGCAAUAAACAAAUCCAUCAAACACGAGGCAGAAAUUAGGGAACAAUGCAGCAGAUCAUGCAGCAAAGAUGGCGGUUGGGUAUCAGGUUAAACGAGAACUAAUGUGUUCAGAAGAAGAGAUGGAACUGAACCAGAACUAACUGACAUUAUAAGAUUGCAAAAGGGGGUCUCACCACAGGAGAAAACGUUCUGGAAAGCCAGAGGAGCUACGGAGGUGGGAGGACUGUGGAGGAGUCUGGAUGGACGUCUUAUUCUACCCCAGGCAUGAGAAAAACAGCGCUAGAGGAGGCGCAUGGAAUCAAGACCUCCAGCAGGUGGAGGCAAUGCUAGGGCUGAAACAUUCAUUUGGCACUGUUUACCACCCGCAAUCACAGGGCAAGGUUGAAAGGAUGAAUCAAACAGUUAAGCACAAAUUGGCAAAAAUAUGUGCACAGACUAACCUGACCUGGCUAGAUGCCCUACCCCUGGUGCUCAUGUCCAUUCGAAGCUCCAUUAACCAGAGCACAGGGUUCUCUCCUCAUGAGCUACAAACAGGGAGAGCUUUUCCAGGUCCCAUGACAAAAUUGAUUGGGAUUGGUGAAGACAAACAAAACCUGACCACAAGAGCAUAUUUUAAAGAACUGCAGGCUUUCGGUUCAGCUUUUGCCAAACAGGUCACGGACCGACACGAGGGGGCGCACGAGGCUUCGUCACCAGAGGUGAAUUGGGUCCUGUUGCGGGUAAUCAAAAGCAAGUGGUCGGAACCAAGGUGGACUGGACCGUUUCAGGUGGUGGAGAGAACUUUGCAUGCAGUCCGACUGAAGGGUAAAGGAGACACCUGGUACCACUGGAACCAGUGUGCAGCAGCGGAAGAACCGCAGUGGUCCCUCUUCGAGGUCCACCAGGACCUCCAGGCAGCAAACACCGACCCAACUGGGUUGGGCGUGAGUCACACACACAAAGGGGCAGAAUAAUCCCCGUGUGCUGACUAGGUGACAGGGCAGUCUACCCCUGGCACUGAAGAACAGAAGAGAAGACGUCACGGGAGGAGGUGAAAUAGCGCUCCUCUCCUGCAUGUGGCGUGCCAAGUCACCAACCUCCAAAACAGACACCUCUGAAACCUAUGAAUAUAAUAAUCAGGGAACAAAACAAAUUGACCAAGCAGGUGGUAUCACUCAUACAGAGAACAGAGUUGAUUAAAAUCUUCUCAUUCAGGUAUAUUACCAACACUUGUGGGUGGCAGAUAAACUUUCCAAUUGGGCUUUUCUAUAUUACAUAUACGUUGGACGAAAUCCGAUGGUGAAACGGUAUGAUUUGAGAAUUUAAGAAGUUUAGAUAGCACGUAAAGAUGUCCGACUGUCAGUUAUCUUUCUUUAUUGUCUGUUGGUUUAUUGUAUGUGUGGCUUUCGCUCUUGCUCUAAUAAAACUCUCGCUGUGCGGUCAUACCAGACUAUAAAGGGGAUAAGUUGUGCAGCCUCGUGGCUGCUAGAAUUGAGUCAUAAUUCAUUUAAUAUUGUAUCUGUGCUAUUUUAAGUGUAAACUGUUGCAUAAUCAACUUCAAACCAUUGACAGGGUAAAGAAAAGAGAAGUGAUGUAUGGUAAUGCUAAAUGGCUAGCAGGACUCAGCCUGCUGGCCGUGAUGAUUGUAACUUUAAUAUUACUCUUGUGUGAAUCCACUGACAACACCACAUUUGCUUUAGAGCCACAAACCCACACCUACCCCUGACAUCUCAUCCAAUGACAUUGUAGCUAUUGAUUAUAACACACUAAAACCCCUAGAUAUAAUACAAAUCUCCACAGGAUACAGAGAUAGUAACCUCUGGAGGAGUGGAUGACAAAUAUGUUUGGUCAGUGGUUUAAUUUUGUCACUUAUGGUUUCUAUUGCUAUUUUUGUGGGAAUUUUAGUUACUUGAGGAUGUUGUUGUGUACCCUGUAUUCGAGCUCUCACUGUUAGAUUCAUCACAGCCACAGUAGAGAAGGGUAGCGCCCCUGUUCCAAGGCACAUGAUGCCGUUGUUGCAAAAGAUGGACUCUGAUGGGGAGGACGAACAGGAUAGGGUCAUCAGAGAGUUUGAAUUUGACAUUCGUAAGUGAUCUCUUAAUAGAGAUCAAAAGGGGGAAUUGUGGAUUAAAAAAAAAAUGUUUAACAUGCCUUAUUCUGUUUUAUGCUAUAUGUUUUAUGCUA